UCAGAACUGUCAGAAGUGUGUAUUUUACGUAAAAAAAAGGUCAAUAAACCUCAAAAAUCACUAAAGAAAAAAACAUUUUGACAUAAAACUGUAUAACCUAACCUUAUUUUGUUGAUAAUCAACAAAUUAUUUUCAAGAAAAUUACCAUUUUGCGGUAUUUCCACAUCUACUAGGUACACGGAAUAAAAUUUAAAUUAAAAAAAAUUAAUUAUACAAUUAGAUUGUUUUUUAAGCAAUGUAAUGUGUAAAUUUAAAUUACCUGUUAUGAAUAUGUUAAUGACGACGUAGACACUAUAACUGAUUAUGCCAAGUCACUGCUCAUUCGCUUUUCAACACGAUCAUCAUUAAAGCGUUUUUUUUUUUUGGGAACACACUGAAAUAAGAAAAAAAAGAUAAAAAUUAAUUUACAAAAAUGGCAAGUAAAAAAUCCAGGGAAAUUGGAGCAUUGGCAAAGUUUUAUUUGCGAAGUUACAAUGCAAUUCAAACAUUGGGAUGGAGUUUAAUUUUGUAUCUACUUGUAAGUCAUUUGUCUGGUGGAUUUCAAGGAAGAACUCUGUGGGACACUGUUAAAACAUCUGUAAUUGUUUUUCAAAAUGCUGCAGCUUUAGAAAUUAUACAUGCAGUGACAGGAUUGGUUCCAUCGAAUCCAAUUAUUACAAUUUUCCAAGUUUUGAGUCGUGUUAUGGUGGUUUGUGGAGUUCUACUCGCAACACCAGUAGAAUUUGCCGCAGCAUCCCCUGGCCUACCAUUAGCUUUAUUGGCAUGGUCUGUCACCGAAAUUAUUCGUUAUGGUUAUUAUUUUAUGAAUCUUAUGGGAUCUGUGCCACAUUUCCUAGUGUGGUUAAGGUACACUACGUUUAUCAUUUUGUAUCCAAUUGGAAUUACUGGAGAAUUAUUAUGCAUUUAUGCUGCUAAAAUGUACACUGCUUCCAAACCACAAGCAUGGAGUUACACUUUACCCAAUGCGUGGAAUUUCACAUUUAGCUACAAUUAUUUUCUCCUAUUCGUUAUGCUGCUCUACAUUCCCCUCUUCCCACAUCUUUACCUCCACAUGUUUUCUCAAAGAAAAAAGAUUUUGGGUCCACAACCUAUAUCUAAAAAAGUUAACUAAUUUUAAUUUAAUAUUUUAUAUUUUAUACCGAAUAUUUUGAUAAGGGAUUUAAAGGUCAAUAGAGGUCACAAAGAAAUUUUAUACAAUAAAUUAUAUACAACA